UCUGUACAUCUACGAUACGACUGCGUUAGAGUACAGUUGAACUCCCAGCCACUAUGCAGGAUCCUGACCACGACCUCACCCGCCUGGCUUCAAAUAAGCCCUCUUCGUCAUCUCCAAGUCUGGUUCGCCAGAGAUCGUCACAUCGCCACCACACCACGACUUCAGAUCCUUCAGGAGAACAGGACGUUAUCCCCGAGCCUCCACCGGAUCAAUUGACUAAAUACGAUGUUGGCUGGCGACGGGUUGUGCGGAACUUCAGCCCAUCUUGGUUCUCCGUUACCAUGGGCACUGGCAUUGUUUCUUUACUCUUCAUCACGAUACCGUUCCAAAGCGAUUGGCUAUACUGGAUGUCCGUGGUAUUCUUUGCAUUAAAUACACUAUUAUUUGCUUUAGCCUUCGUCAUCUCAAUCCUCCGAUACACGCUGUAUCCGGCAAUCUGGACUGUCAUGAUUAACGACAGCACGAACUCGCUAUUUCUCGGCACUAUCCCUAUGGGCUUCGCCACCUUGGUGGAAAGUUGGAUUUUUCUCUGCAUUCCAUACUGGGGCCCUUGGGCAAUCAAAUUCGCGUGGGUGUGCUGGAUGAUAGACUGCAUCGUCGCUGGAGCUGUCACGGUGUCGUUGACCUUCCUUCUCAUAUCGCAAUCUCAUCAACAGGCCCUAGAUCGCAUAACAGCUGCGCAGCUACUGCCUAUAGCCGCUACUAUCGUUGCUGCUGGCGCUGGUGCUGAGAUAGCAGAGGUGCUCCCUAAUCCCGACCAUGCGCUGGGAACUCUUAUCACGUCAUAUGUUAUGUGGGGUAUGGCUACCCCUCUAGCUAUGACUGUCUUGGUCAUCUAUUACCAGCGGCUGGCACUUCACAAACUCCCUCCCCGCGAAAUCGUGGUAUCAUCGUUUCUGCCGCUCGGUCCACUUGGCAUGGGCGGCUACACGAUAAUGUAUCUUGGAAAGGUCUCUCGGGAGGUCUUUCCUCAAGUCCACUUUUUCCACGACCUUGCUGUUGCUGGAGAUAUUGUCUACAUCCUUGGCGUAUUCUUGGCGCUUCUCAUGUGGGGGUUUGGCCUCAUCUGGUUCGCUUUCGCUCUGGCGUCAAUCUACAAAUCUCGCCCAUUUCCUUUUAAUAUGGGAUGGUGGGGGUUCACUUUCCCUCUCGGUGUCUAUGCGGUCAGCACGAUCGAGCUUGGAAAUCAAAUGCCAAGUCAAUUCUUCAAAGUUCUUGGCACUAUCCUCAGCGUUGCCGUGAUUUUUCUUUGGAUUGUAGUCGCUAUUGGUACCGCUAGAGGCGCUUGGGACGGGAAACUCUUUCAUGCACCAUGUCUGGCAAAUCUGAAGAAGGACGAAGGUGCUACAGUCACGCCUCCGGACAAUGAAAAGGCGACUACGGCAUGAAGGCCUCCCGAGGGAGAGUAUAUUUGUUCCCAGCGACUGCCUUUUGGGGUCAAAGAAAAGAUGAAUGAUAAUUUGCAUGAUACACUUUGAAGAGGGUCAUCUAAGCGUCUACAUAUCAACGUCCCUUCGGAAAUACAUGUGAAUGAUCGACGGACUAAACUCCCCAUCAGCG